AUGGCGAGUGCGGCUCCCAGUGGUAUCGAUGCCCCAGGGGAGUUGACCUGCACCAUCUGCCUGGGCGCCUUCCACUGCCCCUGCACGCUCAGCUGUGGCCACUCGUUCUGCCUCAAGUGCGUGGAGGGCGCCUGGGAUGCGGCCGAGUUCUUCUCCUGCCCACAGUGUCGAGUGACCUUCCCACAGAGGCCCAAGCUGAGCAAGAACUUCACACUCGCCAACCUGGUGGAGCAGCGCAGUGCCGCAGAGAAAAUGGCCACCGUGGUCUUGUGUGACUUCUGCAACGAUGACACGACCGCUGCCUCGAAGACCUGCCUCAAGUGUGAUACCUCCUACUGUGUGACUCAUGUAAAGCCUCAUCAGGAGAACCCGAAGUUCAGGGAUCACAUUCUGGUGGCUCCAGCCACGAAUCCUGAAGAACGCAAGUGCAAGACGCACAGAAAGGAGCUCGAGUUUUACUGCCGACAGGACGAGAGCUUGGUCUGCACAACCUGCACCAUCGCAGGAGACCACAAGGGUCACGAUGUGGCUACGCUGGAGGAUGAGCACAAGACACGGGAGAAACAAGUGGGAGAGGAGACGCGGGUGGUGGAGGAGAAGAUGAGGGAGGCGGAGGAGUCCGUGAAACAGAUGGAGGCCGCUCGUAGGGACGUGCAGGGAUCCGUGACAGAUGAAAAGGCCUCAAUCUCGGUCAGAUUCGUCAGAGCGAGAGCAGCGUUGGAUGCAGAGGAGAAGGCGGCUUUAGAGCAAGCGGAGCAGAAAGGGCGCAAGCUGCUGACCCAGAUCGAGAAGAAGAUCGCUCACUACCAGCGCGAGAUCAGCGAGCUCCAGGCAGCAGCCACUCGCCUGCAGGCCCUAGCACAGGAGAGGGACUCGCUCGCAUUCCUGCAGGGGCACCUGGAAGAGACGCGCAGAUGCUCACCAACUCUGGACACAAACUCAGCUCAAAAUAAACUCCAAAUCUCCUCGAAUCUCAGGACGAUGACAGCAGUCCGUGCCUCCCAGGGUCGCCCUGAUCACCCACACCGGUUUGAUCACUUUGCACAAGCCCUGUGCUGUGAGAGCUUCUCGUCGGGCCACCACUACUGGGAGGUGGACGUGGGGGACGCACGGUGGUGGCGGGUUGGAGUCGCGUACGGGACGAUCCCACGGAAAGGACGUGGUGGUGCUGCACAGUGGCUGGGAGGGAGCGACGCGUCCUGGUGUUUAGAGAAAUGUGACGACAGCUUCUCAGUGGUUCAUGGUGGAGUGAAAACUGCACUGUCGGUGAGGGGGGCCCCCUCCCCCGGCAGAAUCGGGCUUUACCUGCACUGGGAGGGGGGGCUCCUGGCGUUUUACUGUGCAGACUCCAUGGAGGUGAUCCACGAGGUUCGGCAGAGAUUCUUGCAGCCUCUCUACCCUGGGAUGUGGGUGCAGUAUUAUAAUGAACCAUUGAAGAUCGUGGAUCUGAGUCGUGCAUCCUGA